UUGUUUACAACCAACGCUAUUCUGUUGUUGGUUGAAUAUCUGCCUUGUAAUAACUGCAACAACUAAUCUAAAACAAUGGAUUUGCUCUCUCCGUCCUGUUGCAGGUUGUGCCUUAGUGAUCCACCCACAGAAUCACUUGUUUUUUCUGUCUUCGAUACCUUCCAAGGGAAAGUUCUGUCGCAGCUGAUCGAGGAGUUGUUUGCCAUAAAGGUUUUAGAAGACGAUCGGCUCCUAUCGCUUUGCCUUGAGUGCGUUAAUCGUAUAAAUACGGUGCACAAGAUCAAGCAACUCUUCGUAGAAAAUGAUCGAAAGCUGCGCGAAUUACAGCAAACUAGUCAGCCCUCGGUCGGUGCAUUUGUGGAAGAGUUUGUCUAUACUGCCUUUUCGUCCGACACUCUGGACAACGCAAACAUCGAUGUCGAAGGGUCAGCGCUUAGCCAUGCAAUUGAAACAGUGCCAAAUAAUCAAGCGACAGGUGCAUCGUCCCAAACAUGUACCACUGAAGAUCGCACUUCCACCGAUGAGGAAACAAACGACGCUACAACAGACCUGCACUGUGAUACGGAUGGUAGGGAUGAAAAGGGAAAGUUGGAACCGUUUCACGAAAGUCAACCGACCGUCAGUAAAAUCGAACUCCCUGCUUCUCUACCACCGAUCCAGUUGCCCCGGAACAAAUGUUACUUUUGUGGAGUCACGUUUGAAAGCUCGUUGCAGUUUACCAAUCAUCUACCGAGCCACUUUAACGAUGUGCCUUACACCUGCACGGAAUGUGAUGGGUUGGUGUUUAAAACGGUACGGGAAGCGAGCAAACACAUUUCGUACCACGACGCAAACGAACGUCCGUUCCAGUGCCGCAUCUGUACGCUUCGGUUUCCCACGCGCAUGAACAGCUUAACCCAUGAACGGAAAAUGCAUCGCUUCAAGCUAAAACGUAUGGAAGCAAAACAAGGAAAUGGACUCGCGAAACGAAAAGUGCCCGACAAACGCAACAAACCACGCAGCAUCAAAGCGGAAGAAAAGCUCGCAGAACAUGGGUGUGAAAUUUGUGAACGUAAAUUUACGGCAAAGAAAAAUCUUACCCGUCAUCUUAUGAUACACACCGGUGAAAAACCGUACAAGUGUGAUCGUUGCGAUCGAUCGUACCGACAGGCUGGGGAGCUUAAGAAACAUCGAAGCAUCGAACACAUGUGCAACAAGCAGUCCACCGGCAAAGUGCAGCAAACGAACGGCAAGGCAACAGUGGCCAAUUCCCGUUCCGGUUCUGCAGGCAGUAUGAAUAAAAGAAGCACCGCGAAACGGGUGUUUUCGUGUUAA